AUGUCUAUUGUCGCACGGUCGUUUUUAAAGAUCGAAGGUAAAUACAUAGAAUCUGAGAGAUCUGACUAUUUGCUACAGGAAAAUGCCAUCACGAAUAAAGAGUAUUGUGCUCUAUGUCCCAAAGAAUUAAAAGCCCCAGUAAAAUACACAGAUGUCCUAAUAAUCAGCCAGUUUCUAGACAGAAAAGGAAAUGUGCUUCCCCAGAACAUAACCGGCCUGUGCCAUAAAGCUCAUUGCAGGCUGCAGAGACUUUUAUUUCAGGCCCAACAUGCUGGUUUGAUUGACAGGCCAGCCAAUCAUCCGGACAGUGUUCUGAAAUGGAACAAGCACAACAUAUACUACGAUGACCACCUAUGA